AUGGCUAAAGAUACUACUUCUAUUCCACCAACCAAGGGUACUGAACUACCCGAGGUCUUUUAUAAAGGGGUGGAACCUGCUAAGGGCGGUUCUGGGAUCGCCCCUCUACAAAGCUUGGGAGGGACAGUACCACCCCAAACUCAUUCCACGAAACAAAGAAGAAACCUCAAGAUGGGGAUUGUUCUUUCAAGAGACAAGAUCACCGAGCAACAGGUCGAUGCUAUUGUAAACUGUAUUCUGUCAGAUAUACAGUUGUCCGAUUGUGAUGGAUCUUCUACAAGGAUUGAUAUCAAAGUUGAACGUCAUCGAAACAUGGAGAUAUAUAGCACACCUCUGCACAUGUGGUCAUAUGAAGGAGAGAAAAUACUGAAGACAUUGGUGAUGUCCUGUUUUAAAAAGGCAGAGGGAGCCCGGCAUACCUCCAUUGCUUUUGCCACACAUACUAUGGCGAUACUCCACUAUGCCCUUGAUGUGGUGGCCAGAGUGUUCUUUGCAGCAAUCGUCAAAUUUGCAGAAAUAAAUCCAAAUCAUCUUCAGAAAGUUGUUCUCGUUGUUCCUCCUUCUGCAAAAGCUUUCAAUAAUACAUUUGAUAAAGAGCGCUUGAAGCAUGUAUUUGAAUCAAACAUACAGCUCAAUUCAGUACUGGACCAAACUCCUCUUCAUUUUCCUCGAAAGCGGACAUAUCGUCGGAUACGAAGAUCUGGUGUGUCCUAUAUCGUUGGCGAUCUGAUCAAGCAAAAUGUUGAUGUCAUCGUGAAUUCCACCGGAAAUGAAUUAUAUCUCAGCAGCGGACAAAUAAGCCAGAUAGUAGCAGAAGCGGCUGGACCAAGCAUUCAGGAGGAAUGUGCAAGGAAUUACCCGGAAGGGAUUGAAAGCUGGGAUGUGGCUAGACUAUGGCGAUACUUCAGUAUUCCCCCUGAUGUGGCGGCAAGAGUGUUCUUUGAUACAACUGUCCAAUUUGCAGAAAGAAAUCCAUAUUAUCUUCAGACAGUUGUUCUCGUUGCUGUCCCUUCUGCAAACGAUUUUAUUAAGGCAUUUGAUGAAGAGCGCUUAAAACAUGUAUUUGAAUCAAACAUACAGCUCAAUUCAACACUAGACCAAACUCCUCUUCAUUUUCCUCGAAAGCGGACAUAUCGUCGGAUUCGAAGAUCUGGUGUGUCCUUUGUCGUUGGUGAUCUCGUCAAGCAGAAUGUUGAUGUCAUCGUGAAUUCCACCGGAAAUUGGUUAUAUCUCGGCAACGGACCACUAAGCAAGAUAGUACUCAAAGCGGCUGGACCAAGAAUUCAGCAGGAAUGCCAAAUUAAUUACCCGAAUGGGAUUAAAAGCUGGGGUGUGGCUGUCACAAGUGGGGGCAAUAUAAACUGUCAGCAGAUUUAUCACAUAAGCCUCAAAUACAAAAACAUCAUGAACCGUUUGUUGGAAAAAGCUGACUCUACAGGCCACACAUCAAUAGCAUUUCCUGUUCUUGGAACUGGUCUGAUCCAGUACCCAAGUGAUAAAGUGGUAAAAAGCCUCUAUGAAACAGCCAUGGCAUUUCACGGAAAUCAUCUAAAAAACAUCCUUUUCGUUGUGCACCCAAAAGAUUUUGCUAAUCGAAAGGCAUUUGAAAAAGAAGAACUAAAUCACAUUCAGCUGGAGGAACACAUUCUAGAUGAAAUUAUAAGGAGAGGUGCAGCGUGCAGCAUUAGCUUGGUGAAAGGCGACAUUGCCAACCAAAAUGUGGAUGUCAUUAUUAACUCAACAAGUCCAAAGCUCGACUCCAUGGGCGGAUCAUUAGCAAGAGCUGGCGGCGAUACCCUUCUACAGGAAUAUAAAACAAAGUAUCCAAAUGGAAUAAAAUCUGGCGAAAUUGCUGCCUUUAGAGAACAAAUUGACGACUGUUUCUUGAAAGCUGCUUCUGAUGGCGUCACAAGUAUGGCAUUUCCAGUGCUUGGGACAGGAGUAGAUAAAUACCCAGUAGACGUUGUCUCCAAAGUUAUCUUUGAAAGCUUCGACGACUUCAACAACAACAACCGAAACACUUCACUUCAAGAUAAGCAUCACGAUGAGUUUAUGGAUUUGUUUACACUCUGUGCGCUGUUGUACCCCGAACAAGAGCAUACGGAAGGAAUUUCAUACCACCACGAUAUGGUUGAAAUCCAGACAGAGGAGACCCGCCAGAGCUGGAAUGACAUGAGCAAAGGAGAAUACUUCAAGCUGAUUCAGCUUCCAACUCAGACUAUAGAAUAUAAAUCGGUGGAACAAAAUUUCAAAGCUACUCUGUCAUCUGAUGUUGAUAUCAAUAAGAUUGAACGUGUUCAGAACAAGACCCUGCGUGAUCAAUAUUCUAUAAUGAAACGUGAUUUCCAGGAGAAGAAUCGAAGACUGCAAAAUGAGCGAACACUUUGGCAUGGAACAUCGUCUGAAUCUACCAACAGUAUAAACACAUGUGGAUUUAACAGAAGCUUUUGUGGCAAAAAUGCAACUGCAUAUGGCAAUGGGACGUACUUUGCUACCAAUUCAUCAUACUCUGCAGAUGACACAUAUUCGCCACCCGACAGCGAGGGAUACAAAUAUGUCUACCAGGCGUUGGUGUUGACUGGCGAUUUCACAGAAGGCCGUUUUGGCAUAAGGGUUCCUCCACAGAAGCCUUACUCGUCGUCUCACAUUAGAUUUGACUCCGUCGUUGACAGAAAACAAAACCCUAACAUGUUUGUAAUUUUCAGUGAUACACAAGCUUAUCCAGAAUACCUCAUAACAUUCAGCCAAGAUCCAAGAUCCUUCCGAAAUCUGAGACAGCAUACUGUGCCAUCAACAAGUGUCGGCUACAAUUGUCAUUUGAUGUAA